AUGAGCAGGCGUUCCUCUUUAGGGGCGCGACAAAACGACGCCCUAUACGAAUUUGAAGCCUUUAAGAAGAAAUUCCUUCUCGCCAACAAACAUAUCACCAAAUUAAACUCGACGUUGAGCGUCCGUAUUGAAGAACUGAAUGCUCAAAUUCAUGCCCUCAAUGUGGAGAAUCUGAGGCUACGAACCUCCGAAAUUCAGCUCACUUCCGAGCUCAAACGCGAGCGAGAAAAGUCUCGCAAGAUCAUGGCAGAUGCUGAAGCAGCGACACUAAGUCUUACGAGACACUUGAACUAUCUCCGCACCACUCUGGAUAUCCCACACGAAGUCCCAACACCGCCCACUCCACCCUCGCCUAAAGCCCGACGCCGUCCAGAACGUCCGCCCAUGGAUUUAGAUCCAGAUGCCUCCCCACAAGCCAUGCGAAUCGCCCGCCCUCCCACCGUCCCUGGGAUCUGCGAAGAAGAGGAACCAAUCAGCGAAACCCCGCCUCCCAAGCGCAGGUCUUCCUCCUCUUCCUCCAAAUCUCAACAGCAGCGCCGACUAUCAGCUUCGAAUCUCCCCCUGCCGACCAACCGACCCACCACACCGGCGCCGGUCGUCCACAUGGACCUCAGUGUUGCCACUGCGUUUGGUAAACGGAAGCCUGUACGGAGACAGAGUGGCCUGCUAUCCGUCAAUAUGCAAGAGGACGAAGCCCUGUCCGCGGCUCGGCCAGCCAGUCCGGCGUUUGGUAGCCCUGUGAGGCUGCAGGCAGGACAGGCGGAGCUGGAGGAAGAGAUUGCGGCUAUCAAUGGCGAGGUUGAUGUUGAUGUGGUGGUGGACCAGGCUCAGCACGUUGAGAAGAGAGAGCGGAGGAGUCGCAAGGAGAGACAUGUGGUGGUUGAGGAGGAAGGGGAAGUCGAACCACCAAAGAAGAAUCGUAAAGAAAAGGAGAAGAUGGUAGAGGAGGAGGAGCACGUCGAACCGCCAAUACCCAAGGACAGGAAGCGACGACGAGAGGGAGACGAUACCGCCAUUGUGACGGUUGAGGCGGUCACGGCUGCACCGUUCAAACCCAAGAGCAAUCGAAGUGCUCUCCAACCUAUCGACAAUAAUGCGCGUGUCAAUACAGAUGAACCACCGCCACCACCCAAGGAGUUCUUGGCCCCUCCUGAAGUCGACACCGAAACGACCGGCAGGGAACGACGAGCGAGAAAGAGUGUCGUCAGUUAUGCAGAGCCCAGUCUUAAAGUUAAAAUGCGCAAACCCGAUGGUUACACAGGUCCUGACCUAGCACCGAAAAAGAAGCGAACCUCCACCACAUCCUCGAAGCAACGAGGCGAGUCACCAGCCGAGUCAAUCCCUGAAUCCUCCACCCGGCGCUCGUCUCUCGAGCAGCACGCGCCAUCUCCCCAACCCGAAGACCCUGAGCCUCCUGCACCUGUUAGGCGGAAAAAGUCCAGGCCGCAGAUGUACCACGAUUUCGACAGUGAAGAGGAGAGUGAUGGGGCUGAGGCGGACGAGGAGUAUGUGCCGCCCAGUUCGAAGAAGUGGAGUAAUGUAAAUGUCGAGGGGCGCAGUAGAAGGGGAAGUAAGAAGGCUUCCAGCGAUGGAGAGUUGAGGCGGCAUAGUAUGGCUGUCUGA